GGCGAGUUUGGGCCAUUUCAUCAGGUGACAAGUUGAACGCGGUUUCCUUGAACCUUACAGUGCGCUAGCUACUGGUCGGCUCCCUCCGAGAACUUGUAGAAUGUGUGUCAUAAAAAAUGUCCAGUCAUGAUGAAACUGCUUGUUAUGAACGCUCAAAUAAUAAAUGCGCAGAUAUUUCAGCUGGUUCUGCCGGCUGAGGUCAAGCCCGACAGCUCGACGGCACAGCGGUCGCAGACCACGGGGCACCUGCUGCUCCACAUGCCCCGGGCUCAAGGUGAAAUCAAGGUGACAAAAGCUGCCAUACAUCCAUCGAAAGAUGACCGCCGCCGCCGCGGCAGCUCGCCCGACAGCAAGAAAAGAGAGCGCUCCAUUCCAGAGAGGUUGGAAGUGGACGCCAGCGGAACCGUGGACAUCGCCAACAUCGUGACACGCCCCCGCACCGUCGAAGGGCCGCUGGAAGCUUCUGGCUGGAAUCCAUCCGCCGCCGCCGCCGCCGCCGCCGCACGUCUUGACGACGAGCCCUCGGAGGGAUUUGUGGAUGACCCCGACGUACCGCCGCUCAUUUAACCCAACCCUGCCGCUGGAACGGAGAAGUGGCUCGUUCACGCUCUCGUGACUGCAGUGUGGUUGUUGAGGAAGAUCGUGCGGAAUAACGAUCAACAAGUUGAGAAGGUAGACCCGUAAAAAAAAUAAUAAAAAAAUGACUCUUGUCUGCUUAGCUUUGUGCUUGAGAGCAGGAUGUCGCCUGAAGACAGUGAACACAUCUCAAGGUCUUUUUCCUCUUUUUUUUGACUGGACCAUCUUUGUCAAGAUUUUGGAAUAAAACGCCACCCCCACCCCUCCCUAAAACAAACAAAAAAAAAAAGAUCAAGACACAACAACAAACCAUGCGCAGUCUCAUCCUCCUCUGUCUGUGUUUCAUUUGUUUUGUGUCUGUUGCCAUGACGACACAAAUCAUCCUCGAUUGCUGACUUACCAGGCACACUUGGGUCAGGAAGGACCACUUGGGACUUUGCUCCUCUUUUUUUUUUCCCUUCUGCCCUCCCCCUCCCCUCGUUCUCAACAUUUCCACAAAUUCU